AAUGAGCAGUGUAAUCCAAAAGGGAACAAAACAGUAGAUUUAAUCUUUCUUAGAUUUGACCCAAGGUGAAACCAAAUCUAACCUCAUAGCACCAAAUUUCAGUUACAUUCAUCCACUUGAGCUUCUCAUAGGAGACACUCAGCUUUGGAUUUGAGGGUUUGGAUUGGACCCUUUGGUCCUUCCCAUCUCCUCUCUCUUUUCUCUUUUCUUUUUUAAUUUCUUCUCUUGCUCUUUCUAGUUUCCGCAAUCUAAUGCUAACUCAUCAAUCAUGAUUCUCCAACUCUAAUCUCAAACUCACUUCCCUAAACCCUAAUUUAAUAUCUCUUGUCAUGUCCAACGGAUCCCCUCCUCCGGUGACUGGCGAACACUCCCUGCCACCGGAAGCCGACCCCUCAAACCAUGUUUCCGAUUCGAAGGAUGAAACUGCGGUGACUCCUCCCCUAACCACAAGGAGUACCCGCCCGUCCCGGGCGUGCACCAUGCGCGCCGCCUCUCGCCUCCUUUCCUCGCCCGUGGCUGCUAAGAAGGAGGUUUCUCCGCCACCGACGCUGCAAUGCAGCAAGAUUUUUACUCCGCUGGUGGAGCCGCCCUCGCCGUCACAGUUGUCACGGUGGCACCUGCGGACGAUGUGGGAGUUUGCUUCCGUACUGAAUUUCUUGCAUCUAUUUAUGCCUCUUUUGAAUAUCUCACUGGAAUUUUCUGCGGAAGAGUUGGAGACAGCCCUUCUUAACCCCAACGAUACUUUGUUUCAUGUUCAUAUGCCUUUGCUAAAGGCAAUCCCUCCUAUUACCCGAAUGGCACUCACACGAGAUACUUGGAUAACCGUAUUGUGCAGGAAAUUGAGAGAUUGGUGGCAUUGGGUUGCUGAUGGGGAUCUUCCAGUUGUUGCUUCCCAUGGGCUGGAGAUUGAAGUGUAUAAUUCACUUGAUCCAGGGAUCCGUGUUGUCAUCUUAAAAGCAAUAUGCGACAUUCGUGUUGAGCAAGAAGACAUCCGAAGUUAUAUUGACAACUCAAUUAAACACGGUGUUAGGCUUUCAACGUUCCGUAAAGAGCGUAUAGGAGGUGAUUCGAACGGAAUUUCUUAUUGGUAUGAAGAUGAUCCCAUUAUUGGACAUAGGCUGUAUCGAGAAAUAAGGAAAACUGAAGUGAUUCAAAUGAAGAAAGGGAAAGCAAGAGGUUCCCAGGUUCUUUCUAGCACAUCAUACCAGUGGGAAGCAGUUGCUACCAAUUUUGAUGAAUUUCAAGAUGUUUCUGAGAAGCUUUUCUCAAGUAAAAACAGAACAGAGACUUCUCUGGGGAAAAAGCUGAAGAUAGACAUGCUUCCUGAAGUUGAGAAAGCUCAUAAGAAAAAGGAGAAAUUGCUGAAAAAGCAACACAGACAAGCUCUUCUGCUUGAUAAUUACUUGGUUGUUGAUGGGCUUGGUCCAGGGCGUUCUCUUCGUGACAGGAAACCUGUUACCUACACUUUUGAUGAUUUUGACCGGUCAAUCAAUGAGGCAAUUAAAGUAACCAAGCAGAAACAGCCAUCUCCAGAACGUAUGCCCAGGAGAGAAUCGGUAGCAAAACCUGAAGCUUUGACUAAUGGUAAAUAUGGUCCUCUGCAUGCCACACAAGAUGCGAAUUUUGGUAUACCAUCUUCAGAAUCAGCUGACUCUUAUGAUGACAAGGAAGACCAUGAAAAUGACAACUUGGAUCGAAGCAAUCGUCAAAGACGGAGACCUAAUCGAUAUUCAGAAAGGGAGUUUGUUGGAGCAGUAUCAUACAAUGAGGCAGACUUCGAUAGUGAUGAUGAUAUUGUUGGCGAAGCUGUAUAUGAUGAAGAAUAUCUAGAGAAACGCAAGCAUAAAAGGAAGUCUUCCAGUAGCUCUGAAGGAGAAGAAGAACAUGAGUGGGACGAAUACAAUGUUGAAGAUGACGAAGAAGAAGAAGAUGAUGAUGAUGAUGAUUCCUUGAGCAUGAGUGAGGAUAGUGACAAACCCCGCAAGGUCAAACAGGUGCCAGGCCGUACUAGGAGAGAAACCAAACUGAGAUCUGUGGGUGAGAUUCAAUCAAGUCUAAGACGCAGUAAAAGGGCAACUAGAAAUUCUAUAAAUUACCGUCAAUAUGAGGCCUCAGAAUCAGAAACCGAGUUUAUCAAAUCUGACAAGUCUGAUACAUCAGCUGAUGAUCACUCAGAACCCAGUGAGAAUGGUGAAUACAUGAUGGAAAGUGAAGAUUCAGGUGGAAGUGAUGAUGAAGAACAAGAAACGAAAGUAGAUGAGCCUAUUACAUAUCCUGCAAUAGAAGAGAAUGAACAAAACCAAGCUCCUGAAAAAUUAAGUAGUCCUGGUCAGGAGGAUCCUGGUCAGGAGGAAGUUGAGAGCACAGGAAAGAGACGCUUCCUUGAUUUGAAUGAGCUUGCUCCUACCACUGGUUUUGAUGAUGGUCCAAACACAAUAAUGAAAGAUGAAGACAAUGAUUACUGAAGCUUCUCAUUCUGCUCGAGAGCAGGAAUUGUAGUUUUCUAUCAGAGAAGCCAAUGUGUAUGAUAAUAGAACUAUAAAUUUUGUUAAGCCCCAGAGAAAGUUACGAUCAGGUUUCUUCUUGAGGCACAGUCUGAGAAGCCCUUGGUGCAUGAUUUGCCACCAGAAGCAGCGUGAUACGCAGUUAUGUAGAUUAGGUAGUCACUUUUUCUUUAAUAUUUUUACUACAUUCAAAGGGUCCUCCAAAAUGAAUGAGAAAUUGUUGGGCGUUAUUUAGCCCGUCCAAUCCGUGUACAAUAACUGUCAACAGCUACUGUAACUUUAGAAAAUAUGUGGCUUUCAGAUUA